UUUGAGAUGGUGGAGUGUUGGAAUUGACUCAUCUGGUCAUGGGAACCAUUUGAAAUUUCAAGAAAUUCACAAAAAUGGACAAGUCCUAAGGCUGAUAUUUUUUGGAGGCGAUGGAAUGACAUUUUUUUCAUUUUAAUUAGACACACGAGUCUUUCCAUUAGUCAUCAAACCGGCAUCUACUGCUAAAAUAAUCGUUUUUGAAUUUGAAUGGCGGCUUCAAAAAUUGAUCGUUCAUAACAAGAAAGUCAGCUUAAGUCGACCAAUUAAUUUGCUUCGAUGGCUAAUGAAUCGCGGCUUAAAUGUAAAUCAGCUUACAUCUCUGGACCAAAUAUUACAUCGGUCAAUGAAAAAAUAUUCAAAAAGAAAAUAAUUUUUUGGGUCGAAUAAACUAAGUUUCUCUAAAAUUUAGCCGAUCAAUAUUAUAGUCCAGUUCUAGAUUUUCUUAGUCGAGCCGGAUAGGCGCCGAUUCCAAAACGUGAUUAACCCAUUCCAAAAUAUUGUUUCAUGUUUUAUUGUAAAAUCUCAUCAUAUUCUCACAAAAAAGUGCUUAAAAAAUUAAGAAUAUUUGAGAAAAUAUAUGAGGAAACGAAUUUUUGAUCGGUUGAGCAACCUACAACAUGGGAUAGUCUAGUAUUUUCGGAAAUGCUAGUCGAUAUUAAUUUUCAGUUCGCGAAAUCGAUGCAUCGAGAACACUUCUUAACCAUGACUCGAGACUCCCGGCUUAAAUUUACGAAAAAAAAGUUGAAAUCGACUAUUAUCGAGUGAUAUUAAUCAUUCGACUUUGUUCCGAUUUUCUGAAUAAGAAACCUCCUCAGAUCAGUCUCGUUCAGACGACUUGAAGCUGAAGUAUUUUUAUUAUAAGUAAACGUAUGCUUUCAAGUGAUAUAAAUCUUACAAUAGGGUUUUCUUUGCGACUCCUUGGUAGUCAGAGGUAAUACCUAACCCACUGAGUAAUGGAAUUCAAGUUCUCCUCUCAGAUUGAGCCUAGAGAAAAAUAUCUUGUUCUGCAAAUUGUUAUUAAUUUAAAUCUUAUUUCGCCAUACUUUUUCCCGUGAGUAUUCACUUUAAAUGAAUAGAAUACGUCCUACAAUCAGUAGAUCAAUUAGGCGUAAUUAUAUAAAAAAAAACUGUAUUGAUUUUUUCCUGGAUCUAACCGCGUUGUCAUCACUUCUGGUAAUGAUCGAUUGUUCAUUUUCAUUCCUUUUUCUCCACUUCUGUCAUACAUAUACAUCUACUACUGAAUCCACUGAACGCGAAUUUAGCCUUCGUAACUUCCGUGAGCAACCACUUGCAACUUAUUUAACACUAGAUUUACCAGACCAGUCAUUUUGACUGGUCGUGCAAUUUCAAUUUAAAAUUCCUACGACAUAUUACAUUUGCUUUCCGAAAUGAUGUUAUGACUUUUGUAGCUAUAAGUAGAAAAAACAUUUUAUAAACUUAAUGUUACUUAAUAUUUAUUACUAACAAAUAUAUUUUUUUGUUAUUGACAUUUAAACCAGUACCAGUCAAACUGACUGGUGCAUGUUUCUAUGAAGAAAUGUAUGAGAGCGUUUUAAUUUCAACAUAUUUUGACAGCAAUUGUCAGCCCCUGAAAAUGUUCUGCAUAUUUAGAAAAUGCAACCAGCAUACCUCUGGAAUGUUCAGAUGUGGAAAGUGAAUUAUACGACAGCGGCGAUGAUUUGUUAGAUAGAAAAAUUGAUUCUCAAGGAAGUGAUGAUAACAGUGCUAUUAUCGAGAGUAGUGAUGAGGAAAUUCCUGAUGAUGACAAUAUAGAUGAGCCAAGCGACAGUGGUUGCGUAAAAAUUCCAAUCAAGCGUACCAAAUCAGCAAACUGAAAUUGCUUUAGACGGAACUAUUUGAACGAGAAUUGAAGAAGGAGGUGUUGCUGGUAGAUUACUAGUUCAUAGUAAUUUCAAAGAUGUACACGGUCCAACAGCACAUGCUGAAAGAAAUAUUAUGAACGGGAAUCUAAGUAGUGCGUUCCAAUUACUGAUUGAUAACCAUAUUUUGGAACAUAUACGAAUUUGUACAGAGUUAGAAGCCUCUCGAGUUUUGGAAAAAAGUGGACAAUUACACAAGAAAAAUUGAAGGCAUCUCUUGCAAUAUUGUGCGCGCGUGGGGCGUACGAAGGAAAUAGCUUCAAACAGGGGAUGAACUUAUAUUACCGGGGAUAAGCAACUUUUUCCAUCGGAGGCCAGAUGCAGAUUUACUCAGUAUUUUCCAAACAAACCCCAUAAAUUUAGCAUAAAAUUCUAAUUGGCGUCUGAUGUAGAGACGAAAUAUGUGAUAAAUGGCUUUCCUUAUUUAGGAAAAAGCGAGACUCGAAAUGCAUCAAUCCCCCUAUGCAAAUUUGUCGUAAUGAAAUUUCUUGAACCGUAUACCAUGAAGGAGCGUAAAACUGAUAUUUUUUACAAGUAUUCCUUUGGCGUUAAAAUUAAGAUCUCAAAAUACUUCGUUGCUUGGAACGAUACGCGCUUCUAUUGGCAACCAGACAUAUUUUGGCGUCGAUGUCACUGAUCGAAUGGAAAUCAGGUUCCAGAAGGUGACCACUUCAACUGUUUUUCAAUAAUUUAGUUUCAGCCGGAAGAAAUAGCUGGAUAUUGAACAAAACAUAACAGGAGAAAAUAUCUCACGAGAAGACUUUCUGUUUCAAUUAGCAAAAGAACUUGCUUCAGAAUAUCAGACUUCAAGGCAAAUACCACACGAAGCUGAUAUACCAACUACAAAUGGCACUGUUUCUGUACGCAAAUGGUGUCAAAUAGAAUAUUUUAAUAACAAUAAGACUACAAAUAUUUGCAAUAAAUGCAAAAAAAGUCUAUGUAGAAAGUGUAUACACUGCAAAAUCUAUUGUGAGCAACAAACUGUAAACAAUUAAGUGUUUUGUUAUUUGACAAUGUCUAUUAGUCCAUUUAUCUAUCACAAUUAAUAUUGUUCAACUUAUUUUCGCCAUUUGAUAAGUAAUAGUACAGACUGGAACCACAAUAUUCAUUUUUUCUUAUACACCAGUCAUUUUGACUGGUGCUGGUAGAAAUAGGUAUAUAUAAAUAGCUGGUAAAUCUAGUGUUAACACGGGGUCGUUUCCAUACUAGGCGGUACAGGAUAGUCCCGAUCUUCUGAACAGACUUGAAUGAACUAAAAACAUCCGUAGCCGAUCGAGUCAACUAGAAAAAUAAGCUAGCGGCGGUCGCCGUUGGCCCCAUUUUUCUUGUUGAAAAAAACCGGCGUCGACAUUUUCAAAUAUGGCGUCGACCGCCGAAAUUUUUGACGACAGAAGUGUCUGUCUCCUGGUCUGCUAUACAUUUUCUGUAGGCGUUAAGAUCAACACUGAAAAAUAUUUCGACAUAAAAAAGCGCAAAAUAAAAAAAAUACUAAGUCAGCGCUAUUAUCUUAAGUCACCAAAGUGAAGUUGUGUACUCUAGCUUCUUCUUCUUCUUGGAUGGCGCUACCGUUCCAGUGAAACUUUUGCCUUCUCAACGCAGCAUUACUUGCGUCAUUUUUAUUAGUAGUGCUUGGUUGAGAUUUCUAUGCCGAAUAACACGCCUUGAAUGUACUCUGGAGGGGCAAGCUCUAGAAUACGCGUGACCACAGUGCAAGCCGGAAGAAUUUUCUUUCACGAAAAAUCCCCCGACCAGAACGGGAAUCGAACCCGAACCCCCGGCAUGAUAGUGUGGGACGCUAACCACUCGGCCACGGGAGCACGUACUCUAGCGCCGAAUCGUAAUGAAAAUAUUCGGUGGCGGAGUUGCGCCGUGGCGAAUUUUCGUUCGGCAAUGAAACGAUUGCGAUGAGUUGUGAUGAUAUUGAAAGUGGAAUACAGCUGGAAUCCGACGAAUGCAUGGAAAUUGAGGUAGGUUCAGUUUGUAUUAAUCUAUGACUUCAGUAAAAAUUUUAUUACGACAAAAUUAAUUCAUAAUAAAAAUUGCGCUUUUUUCUGUGUGGCAUUCAUACCCCUGAGUUCACUUUUUAAAAACAUGAAUAGAAACUAUUGCUACAUGUUCUUUAAAUGUAUUAUUAAAAGAGCUUCUGAAUGUUUCCACCAGAACCCAAUGAUAAAUGGGUCUGAAAAGUUGAACGAAUUGGUAUGAAAAUAUGGAGAAAUUUGCGUUAGUGAUACUAAAGCCUAUGAUCAUAACGCGAAAUCCAACAGUCACAUAAUUUCCGUUGUUUCCUAUUAUAAGAAGAGAUGUCGACCAGGAAUAUCAUUUCAUAAUCAAAAGGGAUGAAACACGGUACGUGGAAUGGAUUCAACGGAUAAAAAUUGAAAAUCAUCCGGCUAAGCAGUUUAAAUUUCAGCAUGUCGAUAUUCUACUAAGUAAUUAUCAUCAAUUUUCACGUAUUAUUUUUUUCAGAAACAAAACGUUUAACUAAACUAUUAAUUUGUAUGGCUCGAACCUUGGCGAUGGUAAUUGAGGACAGGUUAAAAACUCUCAAGCCAUUAUUGUUCACCUGUUCAACACAAACGAGCAGCAAUUCAUUUAAUCCUCGACGACCAAACGAUUUUCUCCGGCAGCGAAAUUGAAAAUAUCGACAGAUCAAGAAAUCAUGUCUAUAUAUUUUUUAUCUGCUUCUAUAGAAAUUUCCCACCCUAAUUAAAAUAAACAUUAGAGAAAAUCAAUUUGAGUAUUUUAUGCGUCUGAAUAAACCACAAAAACGUAAACAUCGAUUAAAUUUUCUUCUACGCUUCAUCUGAUUCGCUACUCAAAAGUGUCGUUUGACUGACCGAUGAAAAAACACUUUCGUACGAAAACGAGGAUAGGGCAAUUCGUUCGAACGAACGAUGUUCGAAUGUUCGAACGGAUAGAUUUCUUUCGUACGAAACCAAGGAUACGAAUGAGGCAUUCUUUCGAACGUUUUGUGUUCGUUCGAAAACAAGAAUAAGGGUGUUUAUUUUUUUGGUUCGUUAAGUUAGUGUAUAGAAUAAUAUUAGGUGAUUAAUAGCAGUAAUAGACGAUAAUAUCUACUGUUUGCGCCACGCGGAGCGAGCGCAUACGUGUUGCGACAUGACCUGUCAUUCCAUUGCAUCACCCAGAGACGUGCGAAAGUGAGAUGAAAGCAGUAUCAACACAACAAACUAAUAUCACCCGAGCUAACCGAGCGAAGCCGACAGGACAAACACCCCACCAAUUUCAGGGAGUAUAAAAGUAGCAGAGCAGCAUAUGAUCCAUCUUUAUAAGUUUUUAUUCACCACGUGUAUUUAGAAACCAUUAGAGAAAGUUAUAGUGAAAAUUUGGACUUUGAAAACUAGUGUCGUUUUUUCCUACAGUAAAUUUAGUCAGACCCUUUCCAACCGGAGUACUAUAAGGAUUGAGAAAUGUGUACUGUGAAGAUGGCAUCCUCUUAUAAAAUUAAUUUAGAGAUGUGUUUAGAAGCGGUUAACAGUUUAAUUUCAACCAAGUGCCUAGAAUAUGAUUUCAAGUUAAAUUUUAAGAACAUGCAAGUAAUUUUGGAGCGUAUGGGAUUAGAUAAAACGAACUAUCCUAGUAUGAAGGUAAUCAAAAGCCUUCUAAUGAAACAUCGAAAAUCCGUAAAACGGUUUGCUCCUGAGAUUACUUUGCAGAAUUGUUGGGAUGCAGCGAAUGAUUUGAUCGCUAGAGAAGAGUUGGAUGAGCUAUUCGAAUUGAAUUCUAAGAAUCUGAAAGAAAUUCUUGUAGAAAUGGGAUUAAACGAAAAAUGCGCACCUAACUUAAAAAAAGUUAGGAAUAACUUCGCUUGUAAUCCAACAUAUAAGAAGUAUCGUGCAGAACGAAAGGUGAGAACCCUUAUAAUUGUUAUAAGCUUCCUGAAAUUAAUAAAACUAUUUUGAAAUUUUCAAUGUGAAAUCAUUUCCGCAGAAUAUUGAACAUUCAAUUGCCGCUGAAAGUCAUAACGUAAGUGUAAAAUAUCAAAUUGCUUUGAAAUAGUCACGCCAUACAGUAACUUCAAAUUUUUAUAGAUCGAUAAUUUCAAAGAAUGUUCUUUUGAGAAUGAAAGUGCCUGCUUGCCACAAGACUGCGUUGGAGUUCAUGAAGUAAGAUGACAUUUCUAUUUAUUAAUUCAUGUAUUAAUAGUUGUUAUUUAGCAGCUUUUAUUAAAUAAAACAGAUCAUAUGUCCGAAACAAACUCAUCUCCUUCACGUGUCGAAACAAGAACAUUAUCAUUUGUAUCAUUUGACACAAACGAUUUCGAGGAAUUGGCCGACUCUCAAAGUACUACUUUUGACGGCGUUGAUAAUACGGGAAAAGAUAACGAACAACCUCCAUUCGGAUUUUUAUUGAAAGGAACAGAUUUAUCGCGUGUCGAAAUAAAAUCAUUAUCCGUCGAGUUUCCUGCAAAAGUAUGUAAGAAAGGAAUGGAACUUAAUGCUCCAGAAAUUGAAUGUCGCAUUUUUGAAACAUCAGUAAGUCAAAUGCAAGAGAGAUCAACGAACGACAUGCAAGACUCGAUUGUUUCAUUUGAUACCAAUGAUCUUGAAGGAUCGACCAAAUCACAAGAUACUACUUAUAGCAGUGAUGUAGAUGUAACUGAACUUGUGUUCAAUACAACGGACUUUGAAAACCUACGAAAAGAGAUAAAAGAAAAAGGCAACAGUAACAGGAUCAAAUACAAUGUCAAGGUUGCGGAAUGUGGGGCAACUGCCACAAAAAGACUUUAUAGUGGUGCUUCAAUUUACGAGUGUUCUUUUUACAUCAACAAGAAGAACAUUGAAAUGUGUAAACAUUAUGAUCAACAUAAUAUAAUGCAAAGCAAAACCAAGGUUGGCGAUGCUAAAUAUAAGCAACAAAAGCAUAGAAGGCCUUUUAUAGUGGCCUUAGAAGAUUUGUUAAAAAUCAAAUAUGAAGAAUUCAAUAUCUAUUGUAUAAUCAAUAUAAAUUCUCAUAAUUGCAACAAAUCUGGCUGGCUAUUUUAUGGUGUCUGCGCUCACAAGACCUGCAGAUCUUAUCGUUUCAAAAUUGUUUCUGUUACGGAUGGUGAUAACAUAUAUAAAGUCGAUGUCUAUGUUAAUGUCGCUAUGACCCUGAUACACGGGGAAAACCUGAAAGCGGCAUAUUGCAAAGGAGUAAAAAGAAACAUAAAUAUGAAAAAACUGCAGCUCCAAAAACCACUUGAAUUACGAACUAAGUUGAUCAACGAAAAGAAAAAAAGGGAACCAUUCGAGAAGGUAGACAUUGUCAGCAAAAAUGUAUUGAAAAAAAUUAGCAGUGAAGCUAAAUCGAAGCUUAACAGGGAUAUUGAUGAUUUUCAAGAUUUGAUAAAAAUGUCUGAGGAUAACGGAUCUUAUAUCAAAAAUGUGUUUAGAAAGCCCUUUGGUGUAAUUUGUUUUAAUACAAAAAUGUUCAAAGAGCUGAGAAAAAAACAAGACUUACAGUCCUAUUUUCUACAUGGAUGGUACUGGAUCGGUUGUACGAUAUUCAAAAGCUGA